UCUUGUUGGGGCCCUGGACCACAUUACGAGCAUUCCUCCCCUUCGCUGACAACCGGUCGAUUCUGAGUGGCAUACCCUCCCGUGGCGUCAAGCAAGGUAGCUCCCACCCUCCAGAUGAACCAUGAUCUGUGCGGAGAUCGGCUCUGGCGCUCGACCACUGGGGUGACGCCAGUGGGGCCUCGUCAAGGGCGCGAACAACCGACUAUCGAAGGGAUCGUCGCGCGAAUCGGCGAGAUUUCAGCUCAGCUGAGAUCUGCAGCCACAGCACUCUUUCAGAACCAUUCACAACUCGUACCGUCUCUAUGGAGGUCGCACGGGGGAGCCGAAACGCCGUCUACACACCGAAAGUGUGGAGGCUGGCUGACUGGCUUAUAACACAGGCUUGCGUCCUCUGAUUGACUUGAAUUUAUUGCUUUCUGCUCUGUUUGUCCCUCGAACAUCACAUCAUGCCGUCAGCAAUUCCCAAGCCCCCGGGGGUCUUCCUCCUCGGCAACCUCUUCGACGUGAACUCUGGCAACCCCUGGAUGUCAUUCAACAAACUUUCGACUAAGUAUCGUCCCAUUUGUAAAGUCACCAUUCUCGGCCACGACAUUGUUCUGGUCACCGGCGCCGCCCUCCUGGAAGAAAUCUGCGACGAGAAGCGUUUUCGAAAAUGUGUCAACGGGCCCAUCGUCGAAAUUCGACAGGCGGUCCACUCGAGUCUAUUCACAGCCUUCCAUAGUGAAAUGGACUCUUGGGGCGUCGCCCAUCGCAUCAUGGCGCCCCUUGUCACCCCGGAAGCCGUCGCGCAGGUCUUCACGGACAUGCGCGAGGUAUCGAACGAUCUGAUCAGGAAGUGGACCGCUGGACCGCGCCAGCGCGUCAAUGUCACCGACGACUUGGAUCGUCUUAACCAUGCCGCGAACAUGCUGUGUUUCUUCGACCAGCGACUGCACUGCCUAGAAGGUCCAGAGCCGACGCUCAUCAAGGCCAUGGAGGGCGCUACCACCGAAGCUGUCCGACGCCCUAGCCGCCCGAAGUUUCUCAACUGGCUCCUCUAUCAGCGCAAGUUCGACAACUUCAACAAGGCUUUGCGCGAUUAUUCAGCCGACUGCAUCGCACAUCGGCGCGCCAACCCGUCCGCCAAGAAAGAUAUGCUACACGCGAUCAUCGAAGGCACAGAUCCAGAAACAGGAAAGGGAUUGGACGACGUCCAACAGAUUGACGAAAUCAUCAACGUCUUUAUCGGCAGCGCAACGGCACCGAACCUUGUUGCGUUCGCCCUUUACUAUCUGAUGAAGAACCCCAAGGAGAUUGCGCGCGCCCGGGAAGAACUGGAUGCUGUCGUUGGAGGACCCGGUGCCCAGAUCAAACACGAGCAUCUGGCAAACCUCCCCUACUGCACUGCCAUUCUCCGCGAAGCCAUGCGUCUCGCCCCUCCGGCCCCUGGCUUCAACAUUGAAGCCAUCCCAUCCGACGAAGGCCCAGUCUACCUCGCUGGAGGCGAGUAUGAAGUUCCGCGUGAUCAACCCCUCAUCGCGAUCCUGUAUGGUGUGAAUCGCGACCCGGCCAUCUUCGAGGAUCCCGAUGCAUUCAAGCCCGAGCGUAUGGUCGGCGAGAAGUACGACCGGUUGCCGUCGAGUGUCAAGAAAGGAUUCGGAAACGGCAAGCGUCACUGUAUCGGGAAGCAGUACGCGUGGGAGUGGUCGUUCUUCACGCUGGUCAGCAUCCUCAAGGAUGUGGAAUUUGAAUUGGCCGACAAGAACUACGUGACCAACCCGGCGACCGAAAACUAUAAUGGCGCGUUCACCGUGAAGCCACUGGGACUUUUCGCUGUCACAGGGCCCCGGCCCCGAGCAGGCUAGACCCUCUGGUGGUCUUUGGAGUUUCCCAUUCUGUGUCUUAUCCUCAUGAUAUCCAAAUUGCGGUUGUAAUAUAUGCUACAUGUUGCAUGUUCCGUGGUACUACUCCGGGUCAUUCGACCUUUUUUGAUUCGCU